UGCUUUUCGAUCGAUACGAACGAUCGACAGCCACGGCGGAUCCGGCCCGACCGUGGAAUGUGGAAAAUCUAUGUGGACUCGCAACCUGUUGCGCUACCGAUCUUGCAUACAUCGGCUCCAACACGCACCAUUCUCGCGGCACACCGCGGCACCAGUAUUAGCCUUGACGGGCGCCAGCCAACCUGGACACGUACUUAACUUGCACGACUAGCGCGCGUUUACACGUGGAUCGGCAGCGAGUGCGCGGCAUCGUUACGUGGAUUCGAAUCGAGGAAAGUAUCCUCGAUACGUUGGAUGAUCGGAGGAAAGUGGCGUCGAUAUGUGACCCGUGAUCGUGUGUCAACGGUGUGCUGCUGGCCAACGGAGAACCAUGUCGACGACGGACGUGUUUCGCAUCGCGCAACAGGGACCGCCGACUGCCGAAGAGGAACAAGGAAGACUGAAGGCUGAUCUGCAAUACCUCCGUAGGAGGGGACUUUUGAAGGCGUCGGGUGAACUAUCGUACCAAGGACGUAAAUGCGCCAGAUGCGGUGCACCGUUUGGUAGAUUUUACAACACCGGUGCUCCGUGUACACGCUGCAGGCACCGAGUUUGCAGACAGUGCCGUAUCGAGGUCAGGAGCCCUACCGAUAACAAAGACGUCGAAUGGAUCUGUAACAUUUGCUACAGGAUCGCGGAAUUGCACGUUGUUACCGAGAAAUGGACCUACGAAAAUUCAACGUGUAAAGGAUCUAUAAAUGGGAAAGCAGCAUCUCCCGUGGAAUUGUUGAAACGCAGCAUCCGGCGAGCUUGGACAAUCAACGGUCCACCCACGCGUUGGUCAGCGGCGAGGAAAUCGCCAGAGUUGCGGCUGUAUCGGAGCCUGCCGUCUCGUCAUCAAGAGUACUGGGAAAUCGUUAACAAGAACGAAACCGCGAGGUCCAUUGACGGAGAAACGUCGAAUUCCGAUCGGAAGGCACCAGUUGCCGUGGGGGCGAUCGAACAGCUCGACGAGUGUAACAGUUCCACGAAAGGCGAUCCAUGCGAAGAUACGAUAGCGAGGAGCGAGUCGAUUCAUCUCGAGAAAUUCACGCCGCGAGUCGAUUCGAUCGCCAACGAACGAACGAACGCCAAACGAAUAGAGAAGCUUUCUAAUAAACAGGAGGAGGAGGUGCCAUCGUCGGAUGCCGUAAAAACGAAGAAGAACGAUCGGCCCGCUGGCAAUAAGACGAAGAUCGACGAACAAGACGAGACGACAAGCAGUCAGGAGCAAAGCACGCCAAGAAUUUCGUUGAUAAAGCCACCGAGGAUACUGUCGAAAUUUAUUUCGCCGGAGAUCAAAUCGAGCCUGUCGAUCAAACAUGGGGAAAGAAAGUCGAACAUCCCGAUAUUUCGUAGAAGCUCCAAGGAAUUCGAGGACAUCAGAAGCCCGCAGGAAUCACCGAAACGUUCCCUCAUCCCUCAAAGAUAUCGAGGAAGCACCGACGACCUGCGGCGAAGUCGCGAGGACAUAAGCUUGCCGAGCCUGAUCCCCAAGCUACUGUCUCCAAGGAACAAGGAGGACCGACUGAAACGUCAGGACAGCAAGGACGAUAUCCGUUGCGUAUCCAAGUCUAACCGAAGAGACUCGAAGGAGGAGGCUCGAGGAUCGUUCCAGUCGAGCCAAUCGACCGGCAAGGAGGACUCGAAGUACGGCAUUCGGCUAUUCCGACGGGACAACAGCCGCGAGGACGUGGGUAGGGAGAGCGCGAAUUCAAAUGCGAAUAGCGCGGCCGUCGCUGCAAAAGGAAAGCAAGCCGGGAAAGAGGAGAAGCCGGAGAGGACGGAGGAACGCGUGGGCGUCUCGACCACGUCGAAAUCGAAGUCGACGGUGCACGAACAAGGCAGGACGAGGACGCCGGGCAGAGAGAGCAGCAGAGAGAGCCUCGAUGGCAAGUCGUCGAGGAACGACGAGGAAGGGCCACGCGCGAGCCAGCGUGAGAGAGUGAGAGCCGAGACGGUGGCCAACGAACAGACGAUGCUCGACGUGGUCGUCACCGACGAGAAGCUGCUGGAAGAGCAAGAGGGCGUGAAGAAAGGAGAAAAGGAGGCGAAAGAGGAGAAACCGCGUGCCACGUUGGAGGUGAACAAAGAGGAGAACUCGAUGGUCGAGGAGAGAGAGGCACUGGAGAACGACAAGAACGACAGGGGCUCGAUGAAAGAGACCACUGAGAGCCUCAUUGAAAAUUCGGAGGCCGACGUCGCCACGUUGGGAACGUACGAGAGGAAAGAUGUUGGACAUGGCAGGAAAUCCGAUGAUUUUCAAGUGGUACGUCGGAAGUUUUCAAAGGAGGAGUUUUCCAAUCCCGAUGACACUCCUGACGACACUCCGAAUAAACGCUGCUCCAGCCAUUUGUCCCCGGAAGCGAGCCCGCUGAGCACGAGAUCGUCGAGAUACAGCCCGAGGGAGAGCGAGAGCGAACCAACCCCAGCACUUCCACGGAAAACGGGUGACUCGUGCUCGGCAUCGCAAAGAAUACGGGACGCGAUUACGAGGACCAGGAGGGAAUCCAAUAGCAGCGCCAGAUACGAGAGUAGCGGUAGCGAGAGCGUGAGGCUGAGUGAAACUGGCCUUCAUGGGUACGUGGAGCUCGCUAGGAAGGUGAAGUUUUUCGGUGGAAACGGAAGUAGCGCGGUUCCGUCGACGAUUGGAAGUGAUGAAGUGGUGCAACGUGAUAGCGCGACAAGUGCAGGUGAAGAUGAGCCGCACGACGAUAAUCAUGGAAGAACAGGUCCCGUUUCCUCUCAGGGAAGAAGCAUGCUUCGUAGAAGGCGACAAUUUGACGCUCAAGGUUCUCGACGAAGAGGACGGUCGCACGCGAGGAGCUGCUGCGCCGAGGAGCUUCAGAGUUUUCAGACGUUGCACGUGAUCGGCCGUGACGGAAGGCAGCACAGCCCAACGGGAAAUCAGCCACAGGACCAGCCUUUGAUCGACUACAGGCGACUGGUGUUCAUCAGUUCUGACUCGUCCUCUGGCCGCGAGGAAGACGACGCCGACAGCAGUUGCUCAAGCUCCUCGUUCUUGAACGGGCUGCCACGUCCUGGCAGCCACGCGCAAUCUCUGGAGGACUGUGACUGGGACUAUUUCGAGAGCGGGUCCUUGCCUUUGCCAGCAGGCGUGCCAAUCACCAUCGGCACGAGCAACGUGGCCACGGAGACCAGCGCUGGCCAGGACUGGAGUUGCUGUCCUGGUCGUGGUUCCACCGCUUGCCAGGCCUGCGGAGGCUCCCGAGGUGCGAACGUGCUGCCAGUCCCGGUUCCAAUCCCCGUGCCGGUGCCAUAUCCGGUACCAGUUCCAGCGUCCCUGUGGACCAGCGACCUCGCAGCGGCCGCCUCCUCCAUGAUAAGCCGCAGCAGCGACGCUCACGCGGAACCGGGAGCACUGAGGUUGAGAGGCGACCCAGCUGCACCCUGGUUCGCUUGGCAUCCGCGAUUCAAUCAGCCUCUGCACGGAGCCAGGCUCGAUCCACGGCUCACCGGUGUCUUCGAUCCAACCACCUGCUCCUUCAGACCCGAUCAAGUCCUCGCUCAGCCAUUGUACGCUGCCACUAUCGAACCUUCUAUUCCAACCAUUCCAACGACGGAGGAACUUAGGCAGCGUGCGAACAAUCUGCGCGUGAACCAGGACGAGAAGGACGACGCUGGAGUAAGCGGCGCGACCAAGUCCUUGCAGGAUGCUGUUUCGUCGGACGUUUCCAACGAGUCGAAGGCGACAGAUGAGUCAUCCGCGGCCGGGCAUGGUAAAUUGGACGAGUCGAAGGUGGAGCGAAGCCAGGAGGAGAGCGAUGACGAGACGAACGAGACGAAGGACAGCGAGGAGAAUUGCCAAGAUUCGGUGAGCGUGUCGUUCGAGAACAGAAGGGAUCAGCAGAGGAUGUUCCAGCACGAUGAUUCUGGCAGCUCAUCGGGCCGUUCGUCCGCGGACAGCAGUGACCUCGAGGAGGAUUCCUCGUCUCACAGGUUCUCGAGGGUGUUCGUCGUUAACGACGACUCUCUCACGAGCGACAACGACAUCGAGGACAACGGGGACGAGGACGAGGACGACGAGGACUCUGCCACCGUGAACGGCGUCACAUUGAAGAGAGUCACCGCACUGCCUGACGAGGAACCUGUAGUUUUGCAGUACGUUAGAUUCUUCGGCGAGGACUCCAGUUACGAGGACGCGAGCGGAGAUCGAACGAGAAACAACAACAAGAGGGAGGACUUGGAGAAGAGAUCGAGUUGCAAGGACGAUGGCACGGAGGUUAACGACAGGUCUGAGAGAGAGGAGGGGACGAACGAGAAGAGAAGAUCACGAGGAAAGAAGCACAAUUUGGAAACGAACGACAAACGGAUAUCCCUGUCGUCGUUGCAGCGCGAGAUGCCCGAGGAGAUGUACAUCGCCAGCGACAACGACUGCUCGGAGAAUCAAAUCGAGUUGAAAUCUAUAAAGACCUUGGAUCCUGACAGCAUCGAGCCGGUGAUUUUCAACAGCGGCGCGGAAACUAUGGCGACGAAAGAGGGGACAAUCUUGGAGGAGAAACUGUUUGACAAAUUAGAGAACAACGAUGGUUCGGUAAUCGACGAGUUAUCAGCUCGAGUAACGUCUGACAAUGACAACGUAGAUUCAGACAACCAAACGCAGCUCUCCACGACCGACGCUUGGGACUUGAACAUAAUUCCAGACUCCUUGGAAAUGUCGGACGACGGUGGUUCGUGCGCGAAGAAAUUUCACGUCUCGACGCCGUUGAUAAAUUCGUCAGGCGUGUACGAGAACGGCAGUACCGAUCGCGGUGAAGCAGGUAGCAGCGAUUAUCACGAAGCCGUAAUCGAUAGCACUUUAUCGCAGAUAACAACCGAGGAGAGCGUGGAUCCCGACGACGAUAACCACGCGCGUGACGCGCUGCCCGAUUUGAAUUCCAACGUGAACGGCGGUGCGAGCGUUUCCUCCGGUUCGGACAGUUUCACGAGCAACGAGACGAACGCGACAGCCAGCGAGGUGAGCAGCGACGAGCUGCACGAGUACGAAGUCACGCCGGCCAGCGUGUUCUCGUUCUCGGCGACGAACAACGAGCUGCUGUCGCGACUGAACAGAAGGAACGAGGAGGGAGAAGCACCGUGGCGGCGGGAGAAUCGUCAAGGCGCCGUGAAAAUCGUCAAGGACGAUCGUCGCGAGGAAUCGGUCGCGUCGAACGGGACGAAUUGGAACGCGCAGUGCGAGAGUACGCGAAUGGUUGAGCAACGUUCGGACAGCACGAACGACGAAUGUGUCGUAACCUUUGUCACGGAGGAGAGUGAUUCAACGAUGAUCGCCACGGUGAAUGAUGAAUCGGUUGCGUGCGAGGCUGGGGAAUCGACGACACCGACCAUCGUGUCCAAAGAUGGCGCGUCGGAAGACAACGACCCGGAUCGCGCGGCUGUCGGGGCCGAGUUGAAAUCGGCGAGCACCGGCGACGUGGGCAGCAGCGGGAUCCACGAGACGUUGAAGAACAGCGCGGAGAGCGCAGCAGGUAAAGCGGAUAGUGCGCAUGACAGCGGCGGUGGUUCGGUGAGAGGCGAGAAUCCUGCUUGCAGCCAGGUGGUAGGAGGUAGCGAAGGUAGUAGUAGCAGCGGUGAAGGUGAUGGUGGUGGUGGCACUUGCGUAGAGUGCGCCGAAGAGGGGAUAGAAGGGGAAUCGACACGGUUUCGCUCAGUCGAGCGACGCCCGUCCACUCGAAAGGAGAAUGGAUUCCCGCCUGCCGCGUCGACGAAGGAUUCCAUCGGUCAACAACAACUGCCUCCGUCGACGAUACAGAGCAACAGCAACAAAUACAGGAGCCUCGUGAUGAUCACUCAGGAAGCCUCGUACCAGCCAGUGAGCGUCAUCACCUCGGACACGACGACCUUGUUGCAGCCGGAUGAGGUGCACACGGCUAGCCAGGGUCUGGCUGGAUACUUCCAGCUGGCGCUGGAAGCCGUGUCCGAGCAGCCGCAUCGCAAGAACGGCCAGGGACCGAGGAAGCCGUUGAUGGUGAAACGGUUGGCAAGUGUGACCGCGAAUCACUCGGAGGUGGAAGCGGACAGCGGGCUGAGUGUCGGUAGUGCCAGUGAAAGCGACGACGUGUCGGUGAAAAACGCGGCGAAAAUCGGUGGAUCUCGGCUGGAGAAGGAUAACGAGGAGGCGAGGGAGCGGGGCGAGCAGCGCGAGGGAACGCGAACACGUGCUUCCUCGCAGUCUAGCGACGAGAAUUCCGCAAGCGGCGGGGUGGUGAUCCUCGAGGAAGGUCUGGCGGACGAUGACUCGUGGGUGGAGGAAGUCUCGCACGACGAGGACGAGCCUGGAGCAACGACGGCCACGGAGGAGAGCUCCGAGGACGAGGCGAAUAAUCUCGGCGAUCGCGAGGAGGAGCUACGCGGUUACCACAGGCAGGCGAUCGACUUCACGUUGCACACGAUCGUGGAAGAAUCGUGCGAGGAGAGCGAGGCAGAGCCCAGUUUAGCCGCUGGUAGCCCGUCCAAGAAGCAGAGGCCACCGUCAGCCUCGGAACUGGAGAAGUACUUCUUCUUCGGCCUCGGUGGCGAUGGCAACAAUUCGAGCAUGGGUUCGCGCGAGGUGGACAGCCUCUCGGAGACGUCGUCCAUUUAUUCCGAAGGUUUGGAGUCGCUGGGACAGGACGAGGCGCCGGGGAACGGCGAGAUUCGCAACCAGGAGAGAUCGAACUCUGGAGAAGGAUUCUUGAACUCCUCGAGACUCGAGAAGUACUUUCUGUCGGAGUUUCUUGGAUUCGACCAAGACAGACGCGACUCGGACGGGUCCGUUGGCAGCGACUCGGAGGGAAGGCCGAGUCCCGAGGCGCAGCGAAGGAAGAAGCUGGUUCGCGCCAGAGGGACCGGCAGAUCGCACAGCUCGUCUCUGGACAAUUUACUAGCUCUGACUCAAAGCUCGCAGAAUCUGAGCUCGCAAAAUUCCUUGCAGGACCUGAGCUUGAGUCAGGACGCGCAGGAGACGCAGUCGGAAGGUUCAUCCACCGAGACCGACGGAGCGGACGACGGACAGACAGCGGCCUUUGGUACCGACGGACAAUUCGACACGGUGAAACGAAAGAAGAAGAAGCCGAGGAACCUGGGAACGCAGAGUCCGCGCGUGCCAGACGACAGAAACAAAACUCCCGAGCCGAGCAGAGAAAUGGUGUUGGUGGGAGAAGUGGUGAUGGAGAACGAAGCAGAGGCCAUCAAUUCGGAAGAUUCCGAGAGAGCAAAGACGCCACAGCCAGAGUCUCUCUUGUCCUCCUCUUCCCCUCCAUCGACCACCGCGAGUGUUUCGUUGACGCCCGCGUCGCUGGUUGAUUCCAACAGAAACGUGCAAUUGAACUCGGGAGAAUCGUUGAGCUACAGUCAACGAUCGAAACAACAGUCGCGAGACUCUGGCUUUGUGGGCAGCUGCGAUGACCUGUUACAACACCAGAAGCUGCCCGACGACGGUCAGCCCGAGCUUAGUCAAGAAAUCGGGAAAGAUCGCUCCAACAACGAGAACGGUGAAAAUGCUCGAAACGCGAGUCGAUCGUCCAUGGAAGGGAUCCCCGGAGUCGAAAAGGGGAAUCUGUCCAAAGUGGAUCAUCACUUGGGCCACGCGACACUGCCCCACUUGCCGAACGCUUCCCUGUCGAGGAAGGACAGCUUCAACAAUUGGUCGAGCGACGAGGAGACGAAUUUAAUGAUGUCGAAGAUGCGACAGUUCUUCAAGACGAUGGUCGCGAAUUCCAACGGGCAGAAUCAGAACGCGAACAGCGCAAAUUCGAGCGGCGCGUCGCCGGCGCCGAGCCCGAGGCUGCCCGGUUACUCCUCGAAAGCCAGACUCUGCGCCCAGAAUCGUACGAAACCGCCGCAGUUGGUGUACUUCGAGAACGAGCUGACCAGGCUGAUGAAAACCGUGCCGGGGAUCCGCGACGAGCAAGUGCGAGAGAUCGUCGAGUAUCUGAGCUCCGAGGACACGUGGUCCGACUCGUACGACAGCUCCGAUUAUACCAGCUCGGAUUUGGAGGGCGCGGCCGGUGGUCGUCGAUCGGCGUUGCAGGAGCAGAUCUCCCAGAGCUGCCAGCAGAUUAUCAGUAAAUUCGACACCACGUCUGGCGACAAUCUGCUGGACAAGGAGAGGGAAGAUAAAGCCGGGCCGGCUGGUAUGCAGCCUCCAUGCCUCGGUCGUGAUACCGCGUUCGUCUAUCAGAAAUUGGUUCAAAGUUUCACGAAGAUGGCCGGCGACGGUGUGAGCUCCGACGCCAACUCGACGCCGCACAGUAGCCCGCCGUUGAUCGCCAAGGUGAUGCACCACAUCGGUAGCAGGCUGGUUGCUCUGAUGCACGAGGUCUCGGAGGGCGGACCGGCCGUUCAACAUCACUCUACCAGCUGGAGACGUUACACCCAACAUCAUCGAACGCCGUCAUCGGCGUCCACCACGGAAGACGAUGACUCGACGUCCGACUCGACGAACGCUCCUUCCUCGACGCACUUGCAGUUACCUAGAUCGAAGUCUCACGAUCCUCUGUUGCUGAUCAACAGCCAUCCGGUGGCGUCGACCGGCCAGGAGGGCGAAGAACGCGAGGCUAGUGACUACGAGAGGUUUUCCUGGCGGGGAAGUUUCGAAUCGGCGUUAAUGGCCGCGGAUUCUAGGACGAAGCUGAGCCUGUUGGCUUGCUCCGGGGACAGUGUCGGUGCUAGUGCUAGUGCUAACGCGUUGGCAAUGGCUGCCAAGCGUCGCAGUGCCGGGGAUCUGUUGUUCAAUCCGAAAAGCUUCUCGAGGGAACAGUUGGACAGAGUUAGAAGCUGCGGAUCCAUCGGCGGCGGGAGCGGAGGUGCUGCCAGCGGUGGAUCGGUCGAGGAAAGGAUCUGGAGCAACAGGAGGAGGUCCUCUGUGCCUGAUGCCAACACCAGGGGGGAGUCUGACACGUCCACAGGUGACGAAGACACCGAGGACGAAUUGGAAUACACCGGUGAAUCUCGAGCGACGACUCUUCCACGGGGAAUGCAGUCGGCCAUCACGGCAGCGACCAAUUCUCUGCCGCGUUUGCCAGCUUCCACUGCACCAGCUGGAUUGACGACACCUUCGUCGACGACACCUUCGUCGACGAUGCACAAGGCGCACAGCGUUUAUCAUUUCCUACCGCAGCACUCUGGCGUGAAAUCGGCCAGGUAUCGUCCGCCAGGAUUCGCCAGGAACAGCAACGUCGCUGGCGCUAUCGGUGGACCAAAACGUGCGGUUAGCGCUCCGGGGCUGCAAGUUUCCGGCUCGCAGUCUUCCGCUGGGAAACGUGACAACUCGAGAUCGAGGAGGCAGCAAGCUAUGUCUCUCACGCCUGAUGACGGAAGUAGCUUGUCAGAAGCUUGCAGUACUCCGAUCAUUGGCGCAGGAUCACGAACAGGCUCUAGUCACACAGUGAUCGACGUAGAUGACAUGGAUUCCGGGCUACAUUCUGGACAUCUUGCCACGCGUGCAUCUUUGUCGAGUCUUGGAGCACGUUCAGAUUCAAUGGCGUCGGUUUAUAGCGGUGCCGGCGAAGGACGGUGCUGUCGCUCGGUCGUCGUCACUGGAGAAGUCGAAUUCGCGUUGCAAUACGACUACAAGCACCUGGCGUUCGAGGUUCACGUAACCAAGUGCAAAAAUUUAGCGCCGGUUGACGUAAAACGCAAACGAUCCGAUCCUUAUUGCCAAUUUGUAGGAGCUAGCGACACAUACGUGAAAGUGUACUUACUGCCGGACAAGUCGAAGAGCGGCAAACGAAAAACGAAGGUGAAGAAACACACGCUGAACCCCGAGUUCAACGAGACGUUGAAGUUCCACAUGAGUCUGAGCGGCCUAGAGACCAGAACACUGUGGCUCACGGUUUGGCAUUCAGACAUGUUUGGACGCAACGAUUUCCUCGGCGAGGUUCGAAUGCCAUUGGAGAACAAAAUCUUCGACGAUCCGACACCGAAGUGGUACCCGCUUCAGGAACGAACAGAGCCGUUCGACGAUCCUGUUGCAUACAAGGGCGAGGUGAUCGUUGGUCUGAAGUUCGUGCCACCGGAUCCUACGCAACAGGAACGAGACCGAGAAGUAGGAGUGGAUCGUGGUGCUUCCAAGUCGAAGAAGAACUGGAGUCGCGGCUCGUUGCACGUACUUGUGAAGGAAGCUAGAAAUUUGCAAACCAGGGCGAAGAAUUCGGGAACGUGCGAUCCGUUCUGCAAAAGUUAUUUACUACCUGACAAAGGGCGUUCUGGGAAGCAAAAGACUGGAGUGGUUCGCAGAUCUGGCGGUUCACCGGUGUGGGGCCAUACUUUCAUUUAUAAGGACGUGAGUCUGCAAGAAUUAGCGGAACGUGGGCUGGAAUUGACAGUCUGGGACCACGAUCGUAUCGCUAGUAACGAAUUCUUGGGCGGCGUUCGAUUUAAUCUUGGCACAGGAAAACACUACGGGAAACCAGUGGACUGGAUGGACGCAACCGGUCGAGAGCUAUCGCUUUGGCAAAGCAUGCUCGAAAGGCCCAACUUCUGGGUCGAGGGCGCUGUGACGUUGAGGCCAAACCUGCAUAAUCACGGGAAGAACAGCGCACCCUAAGCCUUCUCGUCUUAGUGAUUUCCUUCGUGCUUAAGCUAAAGACACCGUUCGAUCGCGAACAUUGCACGUCUCCGUAUCAACGAAGCUCGAAACGCUUCGGCCUAGUUUAACUUAAACACACGCAUACGUAUCAUGUACAUACAUACAUACGUGACAGUAUACAACAGCGGACCACACGUUGAUUAAUUUCGGAAUUACGAUUUUCGAAAGAAGAAGAAGAAAGAAAGGCGAGAAAAUAAUCAGUGCCUUCGAGACCGAUACGAAGGCGUUGUAUCCUCUUUACAGGGCACAGUCUACAGGGUGUUCGCAGAUUUACAGCGUUUUCCUCGUAAACGAGUAUGUACGGAAGAGAAAAGAGUUUUUUUUUUUUUUAAUUCUUUUACAUUUGUGUUAUCUUUUUAGAAAUGAAGAUGACACCUUCUUCUUAGACUUUUAAUUUUUUAAAAUAAAAUGCUAACAUAUUUUUUUAUGUUAUAUAAAAGUUAUAUAACUCAAGAUAAACUCAAUAAAAUUUCACACGAGAUAAGAAAGAAGAGAAGAAGUACGAAUAUUUUAUGAAUACAUUUCUUGUGUAUCAAUAAAAUAGCACGAAACAUUUAAAAAUUUUCUUUCAUUUUUAACUUUGAUCUUGUGUAACACUGAAGAUCAUUAUGUGGUACGUCGUUGGUCAUCGUUUUUGUAUCAUGUAAAAAAAAAGUACGUAGCAUUUUAUUUAAAAAAUGAAAGUUCAUCUCCAUUUUAAAAAAAUGGUGCAAAUACAAAAAAUUUUCAUACACCACCAUAUUGCUUAGAAAGACCUGUUUUCCCCCUCUUUCAUUUUUUCUCAUAUUUAUCGUUUAUGAGAAAAAUGCUGGCUAGUAAAUCUGUGAACACCUUGUUAUUACAAUUUAGGCUCUAAAGGAACCGACAGUGGUCGUUACGAAAUAUUGGCCUUUGAAAUGCCCUAAGUAAUCUAAUCCUGAUUCUAAAAUUAAUAUCUACUUACCAUUACGUCCAGUUUAAUUUGUAAAUGAGCGUAACUGCACGUUAGUUGGAAUUUUAGUUUGCAGUUUUCGUUUGCUUUCGAGUACAUUAUUUCGUAGGUAUUGUUUGGAAUCACGUUCUUUCUCUCUAUUUUUGAAUUGUUGUAUGAAAAAUCGAUAUACGAUAUACGAUAUUCUUCGAGUAAUUUUUCUUUGUUUUUCUAUCAUUGUAUCCUUGCAUGUCUUCUUCGUUAUCUUUGUUACCUUUUCUUCGUUCAUUUUUUAAUCGUCCAUUUCGUGUUUGCGUACAUAGUAUAUAUUCUUACAAAGCAAGUAAGAUUAUAGACGCGCAAAAUUCGUGCAAUACCGUGGAAACGACGUGUCCCGUUCUCUACACGUUGGAUAAGAAUUUGACGUUAGACGAUAGCGGAGCAAAACUUUUUUAAACGCGGACAUCCGUCCAAUAGCGAGACGUGAUGACUGUCGAGUAUUCGUCGUGCACGAACGUUCUUCGUGGCCAAGUAUAUUAUUAUUCGCGAUAGUAGGAUACAGAACUUGGGGUUAACACGGCCUCGUUCCAAACGUGCACAUUUUUGGGAAACGAUUCGUCGAUCGCAACAAUACAAUUUAAUAGUCCUAUCUUUCAGCGAACGAAAAGAAGAAACACAAAUGAUAAAUGAUAUAUAUAUAUACAUAUAUAUUUUAUGAAGUAUAUUUUACUUGACAAUUAAUUCAAGGAUAAAAAGUUCCAUCGUUUGGAACGUGGCUUGCAUUGUAAACACUUCCCUUUCUUAAAGAGAAAGAUGCUUCCAGUGUGUACAAUACUCGAAACGAUUUCUUGCGCUGAAUACAGCCAGACCGGAUGGAACGGUGUAUUUAAGGAAUUAAAUAUGACCGGUUCCUAUUCUAUAGAAAUAUAUUCAUAUAAAUGUUAUAUUUAUACAUAUACGUAGGGAUACACAAUAUAUGAUAGGCCAUGGGGCUUUGAACCGGUUAUUCGUCAACGGAUGGAAGUCUUGGAUUGAGUAAAACGAAAAGAAAACCAGUGUUUCGUAAGAAAGAAGCGUACGCGAGUAGAGGAUGCGCUUGCGAUAAUACAUAAAUGUAUGUAAGAAACACUGAUCCGUGAACACUUCAUUCUAGGAAUAUAGCAGUACUCGAGUAAGUAUUAACUACAUCCGGAACGAAUCGAAAGGCUGACGUAAUCGUAUUUAAUUAAUUAUUACAACGCCGAGUUUCCGGUUUAUUUCAUAUAGGCAAGUAUAGAGCGUAACAUGGAUCGUGUACUUAUCCGUAAGGUUCUUCCUAAAUACAGGGUUAACAAUCGAGAGUAUUUUAAAUUACUGCCUUCGACGUAAGUUCUUCUCUUAAAAACGCGUGUCAGCGGACCGAUCGAUUAGGAAAAAUUUGUCAAUGCGAAACGAGAGUUUCAGAGAUUCGAUGAGCUGUGUUUGUUCGCGGAGAAAGCCGAGUUUGUUGCGUGUAGAAAGUAUUGUUGCGAGACUAUGUUGUGUACGUUUAAGGACCAAUAACAUUAAAUUAUGAUAAUAAAGUUGAUGAGCAGGAAGAAAAGAACCGAGGUGUUGGAAUUCAUGACACGCGCGCGCGUUUUCUGUUUCCGUUCUCAGACUGUCGCGUAACACUCGAAUUGGAUCGUUCGAUUCGAACGAAAAUAGAGAUAUUACUUGGACAUUUAUUUAUAUGCCACUCAUCAGUGUACGUGAUAAUAAAAUUUUGUACGUUUACUCAUAA